AUAAAAGAUUAAUUCUAAAAUUUAAAUCAGAACUCUACUCUAUAUCAUUUGCCAUACCUACAUAGCCGUUAGGGUUCGUUCAUAUAAUCAGCAUCUCAAAGAUGGUCAAUUCACUCACCUUCUCACUCUAGCAGCUUCUCCUGCGACUACUAAAUUUCUUCUCCAAAGUUCAGGUUUUUGAAAUCCUCAUCUUCAUAUCUCGUUUUCUUGGCGCGAUUUCUUCUGCUGUAAGGCAUUGUCCAAUCGCUACUCCUCCAUGGAUCUUGCUUUUGAUUUCUCUGUAAUUCUUCUCAAAUGAUUUUAUGGCCUUUAAGGUUUUCAUUUUCUGUUCGAUACUGUUGUGUUAAGUAUGGAACACACAGAUCAUGAAAGUAGAGAACAUGGUAAUAUGGAUUUGAAAGAUCAUAUCAUCCUGUUUCCUAUAUCAUCACAAAAGAGUGGAAUGGCGAAGGGCGAACAUCUAGGGACAAGUUUUGCAUCUUCAACACCAGAGAAAAUGACCGAGUUGUCUCGCGUUAACCACAGAAAAGAUGUUUCUGAACUUCCUGAGAAUUUCAAGGCCUUGUUGGAUUUAUUUGAUCGCAUGGUGUGUUCCCUGAGAUUGCUUAGUCUGCGUAAAAAGCCAACUACUUUUAAACACAUUUCCACUCAAGUAGAAGUCCAAACUGGAAGAAAGUUUCUCUAUGGGGACCUUGCAAAAAUAAUUUACAUACUUCCUGAAGUGGUUCAUAUUGAUAAAGUACGCAUGCAUGACGAGAAGACAUGUUGCGUGAAGCCUGAUCUCAAAGUUACACUGCAUGCUGAUGCUUUGGAAGACGACCGUGAACAAUCAGUAUUUAUCCAUGUCAGCAAUGUUUUCCGGGCGAAGCUCAUUGACUUAUUUGUUAAACACCCUGAGGUGAGUGACAUUCCGGCAGCUAUACUUCCUGAGCCAUUAAUGGGAAGCGUUCUCACAGUGCAACCAGAUUCAGGUUCCUUGCCAGCCUCUACUGUGUUACCCCCACAUGAAACAACAAAGCUAUUGGAGUCAUCCCAUCUUUCCCCGUCUUUCAGUUCACACUUCUCUGUCAAGGCUGUUCUUCCGGAAGAAAAGAAAACCCAACUUUUAGUCUCAUCCGCCUGUUCAGUUAUUGAUGGUGAUGAUGAGUCGUCUAACAAAACUGAAAGUGAACUUUUAGUUUCUCCCAAAAGCCAUACACUCAAAGACUUUGUCCAAGAACCACCUCCUGCUGGUAGCUCCAAAGUGUGUGAAGUCACUCCUAUGAAGCUUACUUCAGAAAGUCUCAGUAAUAGUGUAUCGCUUGAAACACCCGUGCAGUCUACACCAAGGAGAUCGGUAUCUGCUGCUACUGGGGAUGAGAAGCUCAAGAAAGUGAUCACCAAAAGUGCUUUGGCGGGUUCCAAUCUUACUGCGAAAAGAUCACUCAUGGGUGAUCUAGAAUGGGGUGAAACCACAAAAUCUAUCUUCCCUGAAAAAGAAGAAAUCAAGGGUACCGUUCCUAGUGGCAAUGUCACAGCCAGAGCACAUCCUUCUGAGGUUGAGGAAAAUGUUCUCCUUUCUGGCAAGGACGAGAGAUGCUUGCCUCUGCACCAGCAAAGAUACAUUGGUUUGCCCAAACUUGCGCGCUUGAUCCACAACAUUUUCAAGUCUGUUGGCCGCUUUUCAAUGACAAAAGAAGAACUCUUUCACAAGAUCAUAAUGGCCGAUUGUGACAUAGACGACAACAGUGACGUUGAAACACAGCUAGCUCUUCUUGAGAAACUUGUUCCAGAUUGGAUUUGCCAGAAGAAUGAGCCAAGCGGAGGCCUUUUGUACAGUCUAAAGGGUGUCUCGGACUUGGAUUCGGUUUGUGAAAGGCUGCUGAUCGGCUCAUGACAAAUACUCCUCCUCAAGGUUACAUUGACAUGCGUUACAUCAUCUCUUUUUUAAAAACUUUACGUUCAUCGCAUGUCAAAAUUCAGUAUUUAACUUGUACAAACUACAAAGAUGCAAAUAUGAAUUCAUCUCAACUCUAUAUAUUUUUAAUAUAAUACCUUCUCUGUU